AUGGAAAACUCAACCUUGACCAGUAAUCAUUCAGAAUGUAACCUGGUUGACGACGCAGCCAGGAGAAGGUCAUUUCUGUUGUUCUACAUGGCUGUCGUCGCCAUCGCCAUUCCUUCCAACACCUUCUUCCUCUACGUGUCCUGGCAGCACAUUAGAAGGAGGAAUGAGCUCGGCGUGUAUCUGUUCAGUCUGGCUCUGAGUGACCUAACCUUCACUGUUUGUUUUAUUCUCUGGUUGGACUUCCUGUGGCGAGGAGUUUGGAUCCAUGGACCUUAUGUUUGUGUGCUGUCCAUAUACAUUCUCUUCACCAACUUCUACACCAGCGAAGCUCUCCUCUGCUGCAUUGCGGUUGACCGCUACUUAGCAGUGGUUCACCCAUUAAAGUGCAGAUGGUGGAGGAAAGUUAGCACUGCAGCAGCAGUCACUGUUAUCAUUUGGUUGCUGGUGGUCUGUUUCAACACCAGCACCAUCACCUGGGAGGACUCAUACCAUGAAAAGAAAAACUUUCCAGUGUGCUUUGACAUUUUUAGUCCGCUAUCAGCGACUCUCCUCCGGGCUAAUGUAAUGCGCUUCUUUCUGGGGUUUAUUAUUCCAGUUCUCCUAGUGUUCUUUUCCACCUGGAGGAUUUGCACAGCUGUAAAAUCCAAUCAGGCCACUGACAAGCAGGAACAAAAGCGGAUUUUAAAGCUAUUAACAUUGGUUCUUCUUGGACUUUUGUUCUGCUUCGGACCUAUUCAUGUCAUGAUGCUUCUUCGCAUACUGGUUAAUGACUGCAGGAACAUUGCAUGGCUCCUCUAUCCCUACAAGAUCAGCGUUGCCCUUUCAAGCCUUAACUGUCUUGCCGACCCACUGCUUUACUGCUUCAUUACUAGCACAGGACAGGCACGUGUCAGUCGGAUUAUUCUCUUUUUGCAGGAAAAGAAGAGAGGAAUUCUGUCACCUAUUUAACCAUGGGGAUUGUGGCAUUUAAAGCUUUUUGUCAGUAAGAUUAUGCAAAAAAAUACCAAGCAGAAUUUCACUGAACUUUGUGGAUUGGUGGAGCAUGGCCAAAAAAUAACAAGAAAGGCAUUCAGAGAGCACAUCUUUUGCAAAGUUCAGUGCAGUUUUGCAGUUUUAGAGGAAAUGAU